AAUUCGUCUUCAUUUUCGUGAUGUCGGUUGUCUUCGCUGUUUCUAACCAGCAGAGAGCGCCAAGGCCGAGGACGCUCGUUUGGCUCACGCCUUACAGCCCAUCCCAUAACCCCGUCCUCGCCAAUUACCAGCCAGUUUACGAACAUAACAUCCAAGACGAGAUUCCAACAAAAUUAACUCCCCAUUCAUUCCGCCGUAAACACAAACCUUCGAUCCCGGCCUCCUAUUUUCAAAACGAAGAUUAUUACUCUGCCCUAACAUCCGAUGACGAUCGUAACAACGCCGAAAACGAUGACGAUCAAGAUGAUUAUCCAGACAUCCAGUCGAGAAUCAAAUGGUUCAAUGGAUUCAAUAAAGGAUUCAAGAAUAAAGGCUUCCAUCACGACGCCGGGAGAUUCUUUUACAGCAGCACCAUCAACAAUCCUUUCUUCAAAACGGCUACGUUCACAAUCACAUCGACGGUGACCACCCUCGCCUCUGUCGCCCUUUGCGUUCCGGCUAACAAUCUAGCGGCCAAUCCAGCACCGACUUGCGCCGGCCGCAAGAAACGUGAAAUUGACGAUUCCACCACUGGCCUUGAUGACAAUCAAUUUGCCAUCGAACCAUCAGAGACUAUAGAACUGAUUCCGACGGCUCUUCCGUCAGAUGUUAGUCUGGCACGCGAAUCUCGAGUGAUGAUGCACACGCAGAAGAAGACGAGUCCUCAGCGCGUAAUUUCGUCUAAAGAUGAAGCGAUUAAGCCAUUUGAAAUGCCAUCCGAAGGAGACGAGAGUAAUUUAAGAGAGAAACGUAUUUUUGGUAACACUGGCUUCGCAGCGUCUACGACGUUGACGUCGUACUCGUUCAUCGGAGCUACUGUAACCAGCACAGUUCUCCUAGAUCCAACAGGAAUGAACGUCGCCGUCUGUAUACCAUCUGGCUAUGUUGUUUGUGCAUAAACAACAUUAUUCGGC